AUGACCGAUCUCGAAGACAUCAGCAUUCCCGACGACUACAGUCAGUGCUACGAAAGCGAUGCUUUCCGCAACUUUCAAUAUACGGUAGGUUGUGGGUACGGUAGGUGGAGGUAGGUUUUUGGGGGGUAUGGUAGGUUAGAGUACUGUAGGUUUUGAAGGUUUUAAGGGCGAGUAUAGGUAGUUUUUGAAUAGUAUUGUAGAUUGGGGUACGGUAGGUAGGGGGGAGGUUUUGGAGGUGUGGUAGAUUAUGGUGGAUUUUUUUAGGGGUAUGGUAGGUGAGAGUACAGUAGGUUUUGAAGGUUUUAAGGGCAGGUAUGAGUAGUGUUUGAAAAGUAUAGUAUGUUGGGGUACGGUAUGUUGUAAACAAGCAUAAUUUUUAAAAUACGGUAGGUACGGUAUAGCAUAUAGUGCCAUUUCAGACUAAUUACCACCUUAAAAUGCCAUUUUAAAUGCACAUUAAGUACAAUAUUCAAUAUAAAAUGACAUUUUUGACAUUUAGGUUGAUGAUCUCCUACUGGCAGCAUGCACGGCAGCUACCGUAUUCAACGUUAUGGUUAUAUUUUGUGCCUUUAAAUUGUUCAAACGCAGUGGAGAUACAAUGCAUUUGUUCAUCAUCAACAUGACCUUAGGGGAUCUUUUGUUGACUGGUAAGGUUUUUUUGGUUUUUGUUACUGUAACUUUCUGUAAAUUUUAAAAAUAAAUUUUUUUACUUUAUCGUAACUUUUCAUACUGUAACUUUGAAAUUUUUUGUAGUACAGCAUACUGUAGCUUACCCUUAAGCCAUCAUUUUUAGCCUUAUAUACUGUAUUUUAAGAUUUAUUCAUCAUACUGUAACUUUUUCCAUCAUACUGUAACUUUUAUUUCUCUCCCAUCAUAGCAUACUGUACUUUAGUGUUUUGCCACCCCAACGAGUUCCUAAUACGAAAGCACGAGUUCCUUCGUCAUGUCCACCUGUGCGCGGUAAUUCACUUCUGUAACUGGCUAGGCUUGGCCGUCUCGGGCCUCUCACUUACCCUGCUGAAUGUGGACAAGCUCAUCUACUUCCAAUGGCCCUACAGAUACGAUCAAACCAUGUCGAAGCGAAGGGCCGCCUUCCUUUGCAUCUUCAUAUGGUGUUUGUCGUUCGGGUAUGCAAUGUAUAUUUUACUUGUUUUGGGGGUGGUAAAUGGGAAGGGGUUUAGUAUGGUAAAAUAGGCGAUAAGGCAAGGCAUGGUAAGGUAAGCUAGGAGAGAGUAAAGGAUGUUAAGGUAGGGUAAGGAAGGUUAAAGUAGGAUAGGGUAGGGUAGGGUAGAGUAGGGUAGGGUAGGGUAGGGUAGGGUAGGGUAGGGUAGGGUAGGGUAAGGUAGGGUAGGGUAGGGUAGGGUAGGGUAGGGUAGGGUAGGGUAGGGUAGGGUAGGGUAGGGUAGGGUAGGGUAGGGUAGGGUAGGGUAGGGUAGGGUAGGGUAGGGUAGGGUAGGGUAGGGUAGGGUAGGGUAGGGUAGGGUAGAGUAGGGUAGAGUAGGGUAGGGUAGGGUAGGGUAAAAUAGAGUAAGGUAGGCUACAAAACUAAAAAUUCCCCAUUAUCAUACUGUAACACCGCUUGAUUUCAGUUUUGUAAGCUAUGUCUGGAUGGGCGGUAUCGUAUAUGUCACCCAAGACUGCAUGCUACAAAUGGCAGACCAAAAGAAGUAUUACUAUGAGAUAUUCAUGAUCAUGUUCUGUGUUUUACCAGUCACAUCAUCACUUUUUGUCAGUAUCUACUUGUUCCGACUGACACGACAAAAGCGUAAUGCACCAGCUACGAUGCACAAUAAUCAAGUUGAUAUCAAAAAUAAGGUACGUUGUGUUAUACAGUACCCUACCAUACCUACCUACUCUUCCUUUACCUACCCUACCCUACCUUACCUUACCUGACCCUACCCUACCCUACCCUGCCCUGCCCUACCCUACCCUAUCCUACCCUACCCUACCCUACCCUACCCUACCCUACCCUACCCUACCCUACCCUACCCUACCCUACCCUACCCUACUCUACCCUACUUAACCAUGCUCUACCGUACCAUUUCAUACUGUAAUUCCAGCUGAAAUCCCUAGUUUUCAUUUUUGCAACAACCGCCUGGACGUCAUUUAGUCUCUUACCAUAUCGAAUAUUCAACAUCUGUCGGAUUCACCUAUUCGAAUGGAGUUCGAUCAGCUGUGAAACUCGAGAAGUUAUGAACUGGCUGGCUUGGAUGUUGUUGUACCUUCUCACCACCAAUCCGGUAAAAUUAAAAAAAUUUUAAAUUUGCAAAAAAAGUUUAAAAUAUAAUAAAGAGCAUAUUCUUGCCUGCUUUUAGUUAUAUCAACGCUGGCAACAAAGUUAUAGUUGUUUAAAAGGCCAAAAAUCCAAAAAAGUUCGAUUCGGCCUGAAGAAAAAUGUUUAAUUAUGAAAAAAUAUAAAAAUUUUUUAAAAAUUUAAAAACCAGGCUUUGUAGCGAGUAGAUAAUAGCAUAUUACGGUCAAGAUGUCAUCAUUUUUGACAAAGUUACAACAGUUUAAAAAUGUUGAAAAUCAAAAAAAGUUCGAUUUCGCUUGGAGACCGCUGCCAAAACAAAUCAUUAGUAAUGCCCGAAACUAUUGAUAACCUUGCCAAAAAUAUUCAUAACCUUGCCAAAACCAAUCAUAACACUAACAAUGUUUCAGAUAGUAAACCCUCUAAUCACAGCCAUCAUCUACGCGCCCUACCGCAAGACCCUAAAACGGCUUCUGAUCAAUUUGCCCAUUGGGAAUCGACCCAACAACCACUAUCGACACGAGCACACCGAGACCAGGUAAGUCCGUCACGAAUCCCAUAAAAUACCACAGUUUUCUUUCGUCGGCACGCCAGAACCAGAAACGACGAGCACGGCGCGGUCAAAUGGACCAAGAACUCAGUGAACUGAGCUCGUCGUACAAGGGUAGCGUGGAGUUCGGUUCGUCGUACAAGGGUAGUGUGGGAGAGUUGGUGCGAGAGCAGACCUCCUCGUUCAACGGUCAUUUAAGUGAUGGGUUUUCGUUGGAUGAGGCUGAUGAAGAUGUGUCUUCGGCCCAAAGUCAGCCCGCGCCUUCCUCUCAACGGGAAUGUGUCGGGACGGAACGGCGACAAAGUUUGAACGACCGUGCCGCCAGCUGUAACGAUAUUUGA